AUGGAAAAGAAGAAUGAUCGAAACAGCCAUACUUGCGAUGCUCCAAGCGGAUGCCAUUCCAACACCAGAUGCCAAAUUGAGAAGAAUAGCUCCUCGAAGAACAAGAAUUCUCCAGAUCAUGAUGAUGGAACCAGCAGAUCCACAACAAGAGAGUGGACAAGGACCUUGGCAGGCAAAUUGUACGAGGAACGGCGGAGUGUGGAUGGAGGUGAAGGGAUGGACUUGUUGUGGGAGACUUACGAACGGGAGUCGAUGAAAUUGAAAUCAAAAUCCAGGCCGGAGAUUAACAGCAGCAGCAAUCAUCAUCAUCACAAAAAACUCAAUGAAAUGGGAGUGAAGGACAGAGUUGGACAUGAUCAGGUAUGUUGGUCGAAUGCCCUAAAGUGGAAUGCAAGAAAUGUAAAUUUCUUAAGGUUUGGAAGACCUAAUCUUGAGAGGAUUUCAAUGGCCAUUAAAGAGUUUCGAUGGUUUGGUCAUUUGAGGAAGAAGCAGCAGAGACUUCACAGGAACAGCAAGAAGGUUCACGACAAUGCAAAAUUUGCCAGUGGAGUUUUGAAUUUAUUUCUGUGA